AUGAGAUUUCGGACACAUCACAUCGCUCUGGUUGCGGGCAUCGAGAAGAUGUACCGGCAAGUAUUCUUCCAUCCUGACGAUCAACCAUUUCAACGAAUUCUUUGGCGCACGGGCCCUGAUGAACCCAUCGCUACGUACGAACUGCAGACAGUAACGUACGGAACAGCGAGCGCUCCGUACCUAGCUACGCGUACUCUGCAGCAGAUUGCACAGGAUACCAAGCAGUUGUAUCCAAUCGCGAGGGGGCCAGUUACGGAAGACUUCUACGUCGACGAUUUUCUUUCUGGGGCGCCGGACGUAGAAUCCGCCAUCAAGCUGCGUCGUCAGGUAUCGGCAACGCUCAAGAAAUGGACAUCGAAUUCACCUGGAGUUCUUGGGGAUAUACCACCUGAUGAUGUGGCAAUUCAGCCGUUUCACAAUCUUCAGGAUGACCAGGCCGUCUCCACGCUCGGCCUCAUUUGGGAACCGAAGUUGGACAUACUCCGGUUCCUGCAACUGUCCACUUCUGGACAGAUUCCACUACUGUCCUCCAAUGGCUUCGCGGGAACCCGCGGGAGUCGUUGGAAGACUUUCGUCGCAAACCGGGUCUCGCAGAUACAGCUUUCAACCGAUCUCAACCGCAGGAAGCAUGUUCCUGGAGUCGACAAUCCCGCUUACGACAUAUCCCGAGGAUUAAGUCCUACCGACAUCCUCAACUGUACACGAUGGUGGACUGGGACACCGUGGCUAUCAAGGUCUCCGGAUUCUUGGCCAAAUCCAGCGUUACCCGCAGCAGAAACUCCUGAAGUGUCCGCCGAAGGACGCAAGACCAGUAGUCGCCAUGACCACGACACAACUGAGUUUCUGCACCGAUUUAUUCGCUCGCUACUCCAACUUCUCCAAGCUGCGCAGAGUGACAGCGGUGAACUGUUCGCUGAGGAGAUUUCCGAUCUCGCUAGUGGCGAACCUGUCGCAAGAUCUUCCACGCUGAAGUGGUUGAACCCGUUCGUCGAUCCCGAAGGCACCGUACGUGUCGGUGGCCGGCUUCGCAAUGCCGCGCUGACCGAUGCGAAGAAACACCCGAUCGUCCUCUCUGCCAAGCAUCCGCUUGCUGUUCUCAAGCCCACACUAGUCCAGCAGAGCACAGCAGAUCUUCCGGCAUCGAGAGUAUCUCCAACCGGACCGUUUUCCGUCUGCGGAGUCGACUAUUGCGGACCGUUCUAUUUGAAGUCAGCCGCCCGCAACCGUGGGCCAACGAAGGUGUACGUGGCCAUAUUCGUCUGCUUCUCUACGAAGGCAGUUCAUAUCGAGCUGGUGAGCGACCUGUCUACUCCAGCGUUCCUAGCUGCACUCCGUCGUCUGGUCGCCCGCAGAGGAAAGGUGGUAGAGUUGCAUUCUGACAACGCUACCGCUUUCAAAGGUGCAUCGAAUGCACUGAACCGCAUCUACCGCAUGCUGAAGGUCGAUGAGUCUGAUCGGAAUCAGAUCUUCGCCUGGUGCUCCGACAACGAAAUUUGCUGGAAAUUCAUCCCACCUCGAGCACAACACUUUGGCGGUCUAUGGGAGGCUGCAGUGAAGUCAGCGAAAACACACCUGCUGAAGGCAAUCGGCAACGUAAACGUUGCAUACGAGGACAUGCUCACACUGCUGGCGCAGAUAGAGAUGUGCCUCAAUUCUCGUCCACUGACUCCAAUGCCGGACGAUCCGUCCGAUCUCGAUGUCCUAACGCCAGGACAUUUUCUCUUCGGGAGUAAUCUCCAAGCUGUUCCGGAAGUUGAUUUGAAGGAGACUCCUGACAACCGCUUGAACCACUGGGAGGUGACCCAGAAACGGUUCCAAACUAUCUGGUCUCGCUGGUACCCGGAAUACUUGCAACAACUACAGUCCCGUGCAACGAAAGGUUGCAACCCGCCUGUCUCCGUUGGCGUUGGCAGAGUCAUCAUCGUGAAGGAAGACAACAUCCCGCCAAUCAAUUGGCCUCUUGGCCGAAUCAUCAAGUGUCAUCCGGGAUCCGAUGGCAUCGUCCGUGUGGUCACUCUACGAACCGCUGCAGCCAAGGAGGUUGUGCGUCCUGUGGCCAGAAUCGCUCUACUACCGACACCACCAACUCAACGAGCCGAGUGA